UGAAGCGUGCGGGAUUGGCUCGUUUCGGGUCGCUGCCGGGGAUGCUGAAUAUGGAAGCGAGCGUUGACCCGUCGGAGCUGCAGCCGCUGGGGGAGUAUGACUUCGAGAAGAACUUCAAUCACCUGGCAGCCAGGAAAUGGAUGGAGGAGAAUUGGCAGAAGUCUUUUAUUGUUUCUAUUAUUUAUUUCAUCCUGAUCUUCGGAAUCCAGCAUUUCAUGAAGGAACGGAGACCUUUCAAUCUGCGUGCACCUCUGGUCCUGUGGUCCUUCAGCCUGACUUUGUUCAGUAUCAUUGCAGCCUGUCGGAUCUGGAAGCAGAUGGCCUUCCUCCUCCUUAACAAGGGAUUUAAGCAAUCAAUGUGUAGUAAAUCUUUGUACGUGCACCCUGUUUCCAAGCUGUGGAUCUAUCUAUUUGCACUGAGCAAAUUUAUCGAAAUGGGUGACACUCUGUUCAUUGUUCUCCGGAAAAAGAAGCUCAUCUUCCUCCACUGGUACCACCACUUUUACACAAUGAUUGCAUCCUGGUAUAGCUAUAAGGUUAUGGCGGUUGGUCUGGGGUGGAACGCAGCCUUGAACCUCAGUAUCCAUUCUGUGGUGUACUCCUACUACACUGUGACAGCCAUGGGCUUCCGGGUACCCAGACCCAUCAUGAUGGUAAUCACCACUUCACAGAUUGUGCAGAUGGCAGCAUUUGUAAUAAUUAACAUCUUUGCCUUCUUAUGGAGGAAUGAUAAGGGCUGCCAUAUAAGCUGGCCAAUGCUUCUCACUCCAUUUGUGUUGUAUACCACUUUACUGGCUCUCUUCUACAACUUCUUCAGGGAAACUUACCUGAGAAGUGCCCAGAAAUCAAAGUGGAAUUAAAGCCAAGGGAUGGAAGAAGAGAUUGGGAUGGAAGUGGGGAGAGAAGGGAGAGGGAAAGGGGAAACUUUCUGCUUCUGUCUGGAACCCUAGUGCCUGAUGGGAUGGAUAUGAUGGGGUUUAGGAAGAGAUCACUGUGGGUAACAGCCUUCAGAGUAACUUGCACAUUGGCCUUUGGUGUGCCUGUCUUACAGUAGGUGGUAUGCCAGAGUGAGGUGCAGGUUGUGACAGGCUGGUGACAGGAAAAAGGGGAAGAGGCUGGGGGCUGGAAACCUUGGGGUUGCGGUUCUGCUUUUCGUUUUUCUUUGCAUCACUUGGGUUUGCCUUCUGCCUCACUUCCUUUCUGGGGACUGAUAGAAUCCUGCAUGCACUAAGACUCUCCUUGGAAAAAAAGUAGGGAAAUUCCUCUCAAAGCAGCACUGUCCUCUCCAUGGUCCCCAGUUUUGGAGAAGAGCAGAGCCCAAACCUGCUGCUACUUUGCAGGGAAACCCUAAUCGAUUACUAAUGGGAACAGCACUGAAAUGGAAAAUUCCUGCUGUUUUUAAGGUUAUGUAGGGAUCUGCCUGGACUCUCCCUUCUCCUCUGUGAUGUAAGGAACUGAAUCCCAUGAACUUUAAUGGCUGUUACCUGUGGUGUGUCUCUUGUGCAAUAUUAAACAAUCUGUUUAACUUGAAUAGCUAUUGCCUCAAGCCCUAAAACAUGAGCAGGCUCCAGCUCUGUCCUGCAGAGUGUGUCAGGCAUUGCCAAUGGUCCCAGCCCAUGGCCAGUCUCAUGGGCAGGGGACAGAAAUGUCCCAGGGUCAACUCAUCCAUCUCUGGGUGCGUCUACCACUGGGUGAUGUGUUAAAACAAUAAAUACUGUAAUGU